AAAAACGGUCUUAAGAGAGCAAAAUAGAAAUGGUUCACCCGCGAGAGCAAUAGAUGGAGAAAGAGAGAACCCUUAUUCUCAUAAUCUCAUUUCAGUUGCGGUGAUUCGGAUGAUAAUCGUCGGAGAAGAGAACUGAGAGUUGGAGGAAUCGGAGAAUUACAGAGAUUAUUCGGCGCUGAGAUGAGCUUAGUGAACACUCACAGAAGCUGCGCGCCAAUUCGUUCACUCUCUCCUUCUUCAUCCUCCAUUUCCCGCUGCGCUCACACUUCCUCCUCUGAUCAUGUGACGUGUGGAACACCAACUUGGAUUGGGAAGGGAAUCACUUGCAUUUGUUUCAAGCGGAAGGGAACUUUUGAACGAAUUUGUAUCAACCUGACUCCAGUACAGGAAGAUAGGCUAAGAAGAUUAAAGCAGCGCAUGAAGGUCUACUUUGAUGGUUCAAGAAUCGACCACCAGGAGGCUUUAAGAGCUCUGUGGUAUGCAGCAUACCCUGAUCAAGAGCUUCAGGCGUUGGUAUCAGAUCAAUGGAAAGAAAUGGGAUGGCAGGGAAGAGACCCAUCAACUGAUUUUAGAGGAGCUGGAUUUAUCUCUUUGGAGAAUUUGUUGUUCUUUGCAAAGACGUUCUCAACAUCUUUCCAAUGUCUAUUGAGAAAACAAGGAGGAAAGCCAGCAGUUUGGGAAUAUCCCUUUGCUGUUGCUGGUGUAAACAUCACAUUUAUGCUAAUGCAAAUGCUUGAUCUUGAUGUUUCAAAACCAAGGACCUUUAUCAGAUCAGUUUUCCUACAGAUGUUAUCAGAGAAUGAAUGGGCAUUUGAUCUGCUUUACUGCGUGGCCUUCGUUGUUAUGGACAAACAAUGGCUGGAAAGAAAUGCUACCUACAUGGAGUUCAAUGAUGUGUUGAAGUCCACCAGAUCUCAGUUGGAGAAAGAACUUUUGAUGGAGGAUGUAUUACGGAUUGAAGAUAUGCCUUCUUACAGCCUUCUUCUAACACUGGAUUACAGAUGGAGAACGAAAGGCAGAAUCUAGAGCUGAAGCAUCUAGGUUUUGUUAGGAUCGCUGUGAUUCAGACGAUUGUAUGUGUUACGAAUCUCUAUGAUUACGCGAAGCAGAACUCCGGACCUCUGAGAUCUGCGGUUGAAAGUGUGGAGAGCGCUGUUAACACAGUUGUAGCUCCUGCCUACGAGAAGCUCCGAAUCGCACCUGAUGAUGUUCUUGUUUUUCUUGACGAGAAGGU